AUGCCUUCACCGAUUCCACAGCCUCAAGGACUUCCCAUUGUUGGGAAUCUCUUUGACAUGAAUGCAAAUAAUGUCUGGGCUUCUCUCAACAAGUUAGCAGCACAACAUGGCAGCAAAGGUAUAUUCAAAAUCACAGUCCUAGGCAAGCAACUCGUUUUCAUCACAAGCGCGGCCCUCCUCGAGGAAAUCGGUGAUGAGAAGCGCUUUCAGAAGUGCAUCACCGGCGCUAUGUUCGAGAUCCGCCAUCUUGCCCACGAUAGUCUCUUCACUGCGUAUGCCACAGAGGAAAGCUGGGGGAUCGCACAUCGCAUUAUGGCUCCCUUUGUCCUUCCCGAGGCCGUAAAGGAAAUGCACAUGGAUAUAUCGCUUACACUGGACGACUUGAUUCGGAAGUGGACCUCGACCGACGGUACACCAAAGCGUGUGGAUGUUACCAAUGAUCUGGAUCGACUCAACCAUGCAGCAAACGCACAAUGCUUCUUCAGCCAGCGUGUGGACUGUGUCUUGGGCGCCGAGCCCCCAGCUAUCAAAGCCAUGAUUGACACCACUUUUGAAGCUGUUCGCCGACCCUCGCGGCCCAAGCUUCUCACCUGGCUCUUGUACCAGAAGACAUUCGACAGGGAUAUCAAGACCUCUCGUGAUUACUGUGCUCAGAUCAUUGCCAACCGACGCAACAACCCCGUCGAAAAGAACGACCUGCUCCAUGCCCUCAUCCAUGGAACAGAUCCACAGACCGGGGAAUUCCUACCAGAUCACAGAAUUAUUGACGAGAUAAUCAACAUUUUCAUCGGCAGCGCCACAUGCCCGAACCUCGUCAGUUUCGCUCUGUACUACUUAGCCAAGAACUCGGACACAAUGCUGCGUGCCCGAAAGGAAAUAGAUGCUCUAGUCGAUCCCACCAGCCAGCUCGAGCACUCUCAUCUCUCGCAAGUACCCUACUGCGAAGCUGUCCUUCGAGAAACAUUGCGUCUCUGCGCCACAGCCCCAGGUCUGAAUAUCGAGUCUCUACCGUCCAUUGAAGGGCCUGUCCUACUGGGAGGGGGAGAGUACGAGUUACCGAAGGGUCAAUCAAUGCUUGCGAUUUUGUCUGCUGUCAAUCGAGACCCCACUGUUUUUGAGAAUCCGAAUGCCUUCGUACCUGAACGCAUGCUUGGCGAGGCAUAUGACCGACUUCCUAUUGGGGUCAAGAAGGGCUUCGGAAACGGCAAACGUGUAUGCUAUGGCGAGAACUAUGCUUGGGAGUGGUCACUACAUACGCUCGUUGGUAUUCUUCAGAAAGUUGAUUUUGAGUUGGCGGAUAAGGGGUAUUCACUUGAUAUCGAAGGGAAGAAUUUCAAUGGUGCUUUCAGUGUGAAGCCAUCUGGGAUGUUUGCAACGACUAAGAAGCGAGAGGCCUGA